GACACAAGUGUUUCCUGUUGACUGUGAAUCAAACAGGUGCAUCAUUUCUCUUUUUUAGAAAACUACCACCAGUCUGAAUUUGUCUGCAUAUUUCCCUUUUAUUUCCUCGAACGAGAGAGAGGAGCUCUACUGGAAAAAAUACAAUUCAUCAUGUAGCAUAAAAAUCCAUAUAAAGCGAGCUAAUGAGUCCAAACAAAUACGAAACCAACCCAGAGAAUAUCGUGGCCAAUUUAGCAAGCACGGAUCUAAUUCUAGAUUUCACCCUAAUCAAAAAAAAUGUAAUUAAUUAAUCAGAUAAUUCACUGCCACGCAUGGCAGGACACACAUCUGUGCAGCGGUAAUGGGGAGGGAGAGAGAGACAAGCUGAGCAGUGCAGCAGCAUUAGUACUUCCCCCUCUUAGCCGGCUCGUCGUCAACAGUGCUGGAAUCCAGUGCAGCUUUUAAAGGAAGCAAAAAAAAAGAAGAGGUCCAGCACUCCCAGACGCUCAGAUAACCUCUCCUGUACUGUACGCGUGCUCUCAGCAUGUGAGAGUACAGUGCGGUGUGUCGAAGGGGACGCAAAGAUCUGAGGCUGUUUGAGGUAACAGAGAUGACAUGAGGGAGGCAGUGCCUGUACAAGGCAAACAUAAACUGUGCCACUUCAUCUGAAAACAAUGGGGGACAGGACACUGAGUGUGCUCUCAUCCACAUCUCCAUUGUCUGCCCUCCUCUUUUACUCCUCCUCCGAGCAUGGAGCAUAAGCGGGGUGAAAGAGGGAGGAGGUUGGGGAGGAGGAGGAGGAGGAGGAGGAGAGGGGGGAGCAGCAGUGGGGGCAGUGGGGGUCUGGCUGUGUUCUUUCUCCUCUGUCUGUGUGCGAAUGCACAGACGGUUCAGUAGUAAUUUGAUGUGUGUCCCCGGGGACAUUUGAUGGAUUAAAGCUAAGCAGCUCCAUUUCGCAGCACCACCUGAUCUUCCACUGCCUGUGCCCCAUAUAAAGGCUGGCGUGAUUGCUGAUCUCAGCUAGUCUGACAGUCUCUCUCUCUCCCUCCUCUCUCUGUCUGUCUCCAUCUCUUCUCUUCCUCACUGGUCCCUUAAGCCUGCUGCAUCACAGGAGCUAUCCAGUGCUGAACAGGAUCGCUUUUAUUUUUUAUUUUUUUAUUUUUCUGGGGGAAGCUGGGGGAGCCAGAGAGUAUCACACAGCAUCGCCGUCAGCCUUGUUCUCCACUGGUUUCCAUUUUCUUUCUUAUCUUAUGUUUUUUGGCCGUUGUCUUCACAUUAACCGAAAGGAUUACUACCGUCAAGCCAGCUCCGCUCUUGUGCUUCCUCAGAGGGUCUUUUUUAUUUUUUUUUCUCAUGCGUUUUUCUCAGCUCUGUGUUUUUAUCCAUUGAAACAUGCCCCGCUCAUUUUUGGUGAAGAAGAUCAAGCUUGAUGAUUUCUCUUCGUCCAAUGUGGCCACCUCCAAUCAUCAUCACCACCUGGACGACUCGUUCACUUUUGCACGCUCCAUCACAGACUCGGUGACCAGCCUUGGGGUUCGUCUCAGCGAGAAUGGCUACAUCCAGGAUUACAUCACGCCAUCUGUAUACCAGGAGGAGAAGAAGAUGGAGCACAAGCUGGCGUCGCCGGUGUCAGAUCCCCUCUACACCCAGGUGAGCAGUGGAGGGGAGUACUGUGACCCCGACCUGAAGCACCCCGACAGCCCCCAGUCUGGCAUGACAGCCAGCGGCUUCUACAGUGGUGAAUCGGAGGCCCUGGCCGAGGGUUACACCAUGGAUGCCUUCUUCAUCUCUGAUGGGCGCUCGAGGCGGAAGGGGGGAGACACCGAGAGUCAAGGAGGGGGCUCAAGAAGCAGCAGUGCCCACGCUGGGGCUCAGGAGAGGGGAGCCGGCACGCCUCGCCACACCUGCAACGAGUGCGGCAAGACGUACGCCACCUCCUCCAACCUAAGCAGACACAAGCAGACGCACCGCAGCCUGGACAGCAAGAUGGCCCGCAAGUGUCCCACCUGUAACAAAGUGUACGUGUCCAUGCCAGCGUUGGCCAUGCACAUCCUCACCCACGACCUCAAGCACAAGUGCGACGUGUGCAGCAAGGCCUUCAGCCGGCCGUGGCUCCUUCAAGGUCACAUGCGUUCGCACACGGGGGAGAAGCCCUUUGCUUGCGCACACUGUGGCAAAGCCUUUGCUGACCGCUCAAACCUCCGCGCCCACAUGCAAACACACUCUGCCUUCAAGCACUACAGAUGCAAGCGUUGCAAUAAGACCUUCGCUCUCAAGUCCUACCUGAACAAGCACUAUGAGUCAGCUUGCUUCAAGGGCUCUGCAGACGAAGACGACUCUGGAUCAGAAGACUAACCGCGAGGAAGAAGCAAAAUUUUGAACCCCUUGUUGUAGGUUCACAACCAAUAACCCUGUUCACUCUGCCCUCCAUGCCUUUUUUCUUCCCUUUUUUUAGAAAGCAAUAUUUUCACUGAGAUUACGUGAAGAAACUCUAAUGAUUAUGGCAAAGACAAUUUCAAAAGAUGCUGGAUUUUUUCCCUGCACAGUAGCUAAUCGUCCACAGAAACAUACAAUCAAACAACCUUCCCCCAAAUAGAGACUGUAGAUGAUAGUUGUACACAAUUAAGCAACACACACACACACACACUUACACAGACAUGAAUGCACACACACACACACCAACACAAACAAAUGUACGCACGUGCACACACACUUACACACACACAAUUAUAUAUGAGGCCUGGCAUGUGAAUUUUUAUCAAUGACUAUAAUGAUAUUGAUAUCAAUAGUAAUAAUAUUUAGAUUCCUGAUAUUUUAUAGCAAAUAGUAAUGAGAAAAAUGAAAAAAAAAAAAACAUAAAAAAGGACUAACAGUGUUCUUUUGUUUUUUAGAGACAAAAUGACCUCUUGUAUUUUUAUGCUGCUUUUUAUUUGCUAAGAAUUGAAUUCUUUUGCAACUGCCAACAUGAACUUUUUAUGAAAAUGUGAACUAUGACAGUAUUUGCAAAAAAGGGAGAUCAUUUUAAAAGUUGAAGAAAAAAAAAGACAAACAAACCCCUUUUUCCACACCAAUGUUUCAAUUCAACGGAUGUUAUUUUUCUAUUUGAUUUUUCUAAAUUUAUUUUUUUGUGCUUAUUAUUAUCCCUUGUUGAUCAAAAGCAUCUUUGUAACUGUGGGUAUUCAACAACAACAACAACAACAAAAGCUGAUUUAAAUAAGCUAUUAACAGGCCAUAGGUCAUUCAAUUCAAUUCUGCGAGAGCAGUGAUUUUAAAACAGGCCUGUUGAACAGGUUUUCACACAUAUGAUUCAUAGUCUCACCCUGAUGUACAGACUUGGACAAAAAACAAACAAACACUGGGAGCCAGACCAAAUGAUCUAUUGUUAUAAGUGCCAUGCGCGGUCGACUUGUCUAUAGCAAUGAAAACUCGUUGUUCUUCCUCCACCAUGGUGGCUUGCAUAAACUCUGCUGCCUUUAUGGUGCAUCGUCCCGUCUUAAAGAGCAAUCUAUCUUCACCCCAUUGUUUUGAGGUGCUCCCCCUCCGCAAGUGUUACCUCAGAGUGAAGGUAUGGACUCACACACCCUCAGUUACAAAGUGACAGUCAAAUUAUUCUGUUUGUCUGUUUUAUAUGUCGCUCAAAGCUCCGCCCACGGUUUAGAUGCAUACCAUCUAUUUAUCAUGUAAAUACUUUAUUUAUCUACCUAUUUAUCUAUUUAUUUAUUUAUUGACCUUAUUUUUGUGUAUUUAUUGAAGACUUGCUUAUUUGUUAAUUAUCAUGUAUUUAUUUAUUGUUUAUAAUUUAAAAAAUGAACAUCCAUUGACCUUGUAAGAUGCUGCUGAUCUUCAAAGAAAAUGUUUAUAUGCAUGAAAACUGUAGAGAGUCCAUGGGACUUAGUUUUUUAAAGAGGAACAAUGUACAGUGCCAGUGCUAGGACACUUCCAAACGAAUGAAUGCAGAACUACUUUUGUUUUUUCGUGGCAAUAACUUUACUGACACAGCAACUGACAUGUAUAACAAUCACAGCUGUCCUGUUUUCAGUCGAUUUUAGGGCAAUAAAAAGAAACAAUGAAAAACGAAACACUAAAAUAUUCUCCAUCUUGCUGUUUUCCAAAAAGUCUACUCGUGUUUGGAGAUGUUUGGCCCCCCCCUUUUCAUAUUUUAAAAUCUCAGGCAAUAAAUCGUUUCGAGAAAUGGCCGACGUUGAUGUGCGUGUACACACACAUCGCCAUGAAAAUCUGUUUCGAAAAAUUAGAGAGCCAAAUCUAAUGUAGGUGUAAUCUAGCUGCACCAAGGUUUCAAAGGUGCAAAAGCAAUAAUGAUAGUGAUGCUAUGACUAUGAGCAACACUCAAUCCUUUAUACAGCGAGUCCAAAACUGCUACAGGUGUUAAUUCGACUGGAAAAAGGCUGCUAUUCUAUAAUAUUAUCGUUAUUUUUAAUGUCUCCUUUGUUUUCAAAAAGCAACCAGGUAAAAUCUCUUCUGGCAGCUGAAGGACAGGUAUGAUUUGACUGCACUGGUUACAACAGGAUUACAAUAAUUCUCAUUUACAUCACUGACAUGUUAAAUAUAGCUAAAUUCAAAGUCACGACAGCUUCCAAUUUCUCUGCGCAGUUUAAAACAGCUAAGCAAAUCUCAGAGGUGUCAAACGAGAGGAUCCUCUUGAGAUAACAUAAGGAUGGAGGUACAUAUGUCUUAACCAGCACUAAUGGAAAUGAUCUUGACGUCUUGGUAGAGAAAGUUUUCAAGAUUGUAAUAAAAUGACGCGCUGUAACGCACUUCCAGCUUUCCCCCCUCCCGAUCCCCAAAUCAUUUGUCCCUGCCUCACGUCCCUCCCCUCCCCUACCAGCCGUCCUCAUCCCAUCCCAACUGCCUCUAAACAGACGCACCGAGGAUGAGAUGUGCUGAAGUGGGAUUGGCGGAGGGUGGCGGAGUGUGGGAGGAUAACAGGUGUUUGCAGACAGACUGCAGAUAGGGAGCGUAAUUGAGUCGGUGAGCGACCUCCAAAGGGGAAGGUCAAGCACCAGCAGGCAAAUGCACUGUCAGCUAUUUGCAUAUUCCAAAUGGAUGACACGAUCGCAGUAAUGCUGAGCUCGCUCUUAAAAAGAAAAGAGAAAAAAGAAAAACACACAAAGCAUGUCGAAAAGAGGAGUUUCUGCUCUGUUUCCCCAUCCUCUCCUCCCUGUUUCACCAUCAUCCUGUCAAUGGUCGUCUAAGUGCUACAGCUGAAUCACUGCAUGAGAGCAUCCAAACCACCUGUCUCCUGAUUAACUUACAGAACACACAGUUUGGCACGUCGCUGUAUUACUGAACCAAUGCAGAAAUCGUUACUUCCUAUGGAUUCUUUUUUAUGUGUUUAGUAUCUUACAGUGGGACAGAGAUAUAAUGUUUUAAUAAGACAGAUAAAAGCGAUGAGAUUGUUAAACACUGAUUGGAAAAACGUUCGGUGGGAUAAAACCGGCAGUAUUACAGAUCCGAAAAAGGGAGGCACAGUUUGAAUCUGAAAUUUCUGAAAAUUUACAUGUAGGGAAACAUUGUUCCUCUUUGAUGAUUUUGUAAAUAUAUUUGUAAAUAUAUCACAGCAAUAAUAUGACAAUGCAUGUAGACAUUUAAUUGCUCUUUUUCUAUUCUCAUGUUGUCUUUUUUUUUUUUAAUUAAAGGAAAAAAAAAAGACAAAUACAGGUACCAAUUGCAGUCUGGGUGGCCAUGUGAAUCAGGGAGCGUCUUGAUUUAAAAAAAAAAAGAAAAAGAAAAAAAAAGCUAUCUGUUGUAAGUUACAGACAAAAACUUCAAACUCUGUGUAUUCUCAAAGAUUUGAUCAUGUUCUGUACGAUUUUUUUUUUCUUUCCUUCUUUUUUUUUUCUGUUCUUGUUUUCUUUUAUUUAUGUGCCCGGCUUGGCUGCGCAAUGAAAAAGUGCCAAAAAGUAUGAUUUCCAUGACAAAAGCCUUCAACAUAUGGUUGGCUGCUUGAAACCUUCCAUAUGGUCCUCAAAGGAAAAAAAAACUGAUUAAGAUUUUCCACUUUCUUCUUCUUCUUCUCCUUCACUCUCUCUCUUUCUCUCUCUCUCUUUCUCUUUCUAUCUCUCUGUUCCAGCUGAGUAUGAAGAAACUUAAGCCAUGAUUGCUGAGGGGUGUUUUGAUUUAUCUUGUUCUGCUACAAUUAAUAAUGAUGACAACAAUAGCAAUGAUAACGUUAAUAAAAACAAUAGCACAAGGAA